CUCCCACCUUCAACUAUUAACCAAGAGUUUGGGAUAAUUUUUAUUUAUAAGAAAGUCCAAACUGUUAAUCUAGUAUCAGUUAUCAACUUGAUCUAAUAACGAUAACAACUAAUCAACAAUUAACUAAGUGAGGUAAAAGUUUUGGAUCAAAGUUUUUCUCGAUUGAUCCAAAAAAAAGUUUUCCAUUUGUGAUUAAGUUUCUAUCGCCGAGUUUUUUAAAUUAACUUAGCUUCCAACUGUUAACCAUCGAUCUCGCCAAUCAUGGCCUGGAUCAAUCAGUCACUAAUUAGUUGCGUAUUAAAAACAACCCUUGCUGUUAAUUUGUUAUUAACUUUGAUGACUGGAAAUGUUGGUUCAUUGGAUACAAGUGAAAAUGAAAUAAUAACCAGUGAAUCAGCUGAUCUUCAUGUAGCCGAAUCGAUUCCAGAUAAAGCUUAUUCAUCCGGUUCAAUGGACGAGGGACACCACGAGUCUGGUGGUAAAUUACAUUACCAAUCCCACCACGGGGAGAAGGCGGCAGGCCAUGGACAUUCAGAUAAUUUCCGUGAAGCGGGUCACCUAAAGAAAGGGAAGGGCGGUCAUCGCUACCAUGACGCUGGUUCUCACCAUAAGGAAGCGGGUUCCUCGGUGGGUCAUGUAGACUCUAAGGCCCAUAAAGAGCAUAAGAAAGUUUUAAAACACAGUUGGGAUCGUGGCGGUGGAUUCGUUAAAAAGUGGCACUGGGACAAAGGUAAUCACCUUGAGAAGGAGCAUUCUGAUGCCUCAAAGAAACACUUAGCCCAUAAGAAGCAUCAUCAUCACCAAGAAGCCGGAAAACACAGUAAAGGUAAAAAAGCUGAUCAUCAACACCACAAAGAGGCUCAUAAAAAGGAGCAUCAUAAGGCUGCUCAUGGUCAAGAGAAAAAGUUACAAAGUGGACAAUUCAAGGAAUCGGCUCACCAUGAGAAAGAUUCAAAGAGAAAACAUAAACAUGAAGCCGAUGAAGGGCGUAAAUGGAGUGGCUGGGGAGGUGGAAGCGGCGGUGGAGGAGGAGGUUGGGACUCUUGGGAUGGACCAGGAUACUCUGGUUGGUCAUCGUCACCAAUGUAUGGUAAACAUGGUUCAGGAUGGUCAGGGAUUCGGAAAUAUUUGAAGCCUACUUUCGAUGGACUCAAUGAAUAUGCCGGCGGUGGAUUGGACACUUUUGCCUCCUCCACUCAAUAUCGAGUUUCCAAAGAUAAACCCGCUUCGCCGCCUCUUCUCGUCGAAGCUCAAACCAACAAACCCACCAAAUCAACUUUAAUUCAAACAAUUUACCCAAAGAACUGGAAAUACGAGCACAUCUUUGGAAGUGGAUUGAAUUUCCUGCUUCCUCGGUCUGAGUAUUGAUGAUUAGUUAAUUGUGAUUAAGGAAAACAACAAAAUUUCUGUAUAAAUUUGCCAUAGAAAAUGUUUCCUAAUUUUCCCAAUUGAACAUAAUAUUUAAAAUUAAACCUUAAUCAGGUUUACAAUUGAAA